AUGAAUAUUUUUAUUCGAUUCCACAUACUUGUGAGAUAAGAUUCCAAUAUUUUAUUCAUAUGUUAUAUAUUAUUUAUAAAGAUAAAAAAAGUUGUGAUAUUACAGUCAAAAUGUAUCUUCUAUGGUUUACUGUGGCUCUGAUGGCCUUAAUAUCAUCAGUUUCUUUAAUUACAUAUGAAUCAACACCUGAACCCGAAUUAAAUUUUCCAUCUGCAUUGAUAGACUUUGACGUUAGAUACCUUCAUAGAGCAACCAAUGCUUCUGAUCCAAAUGGAAGGAUUGUUUCAACAAUUUUAACAUCAACUACUGCUGAAGAACGAGAACAACUUGAAGAAAAAUAUUUCUCUACCUAUAACGUAAGUUUACUAGAGGAUUUGAAAAAUACAUUUUCUGGUAAAUUUCAAUACGCAUUAGAUGCUUUUAUGAAACCUCUACAUAAAUUUUAUGCCCAAGAAAUAAGUCAAUGCAUUCACAAUAAUAAUACACAACACAAUGCACUUAUUGAUUCUCUAUGUAUUUUUGACGAUCCUCUACUCAACAAUAUUAUUCAAGUAUAUCCUCAAUAUGCUAAUAAGAAAUGCUUGAAGGAUGAUUUAAAUAUAUUGCAACCAGAAAAUUUUCAAAAACUUAUGUUAUUAUGUGUCUCUAAACGAAAAACCUAUAUCAUGAAACAAAUUGGUCCUCUGAAGUCCUUGAAAGGAGAUGAACUUAUGAUGUAUUUAUCAGAAAAUAGUGACGAAAAAUUUUUCCAACUUAUAUUAUCAUUUGGAAAUAAGACAAAAGAAACACUAGACGAUAUAAUGAGCCAAAAAUAUGAAGGGGCUUUUCAAAGAGCUCUCGGGACAAUCAUCGAAUAUUCUCAAUCCGAAAAACUUUACUUUGCAAGGAGAUUGCAUGAGAGUUUAACAGGAUCUGAGGUAGAUUAUAAUAGCUUACUGCAUUUAGCUCUUAUGGAGAGAACUGUUAGCUCCCAACAAAUUUGUAACACUUACAGCUAUAUAUAUAAGGAAGAUUUGGCUCAUACUAUCGAAAAAAAAAUACCAUUUGGAAAUUUUCGUUUUUUUUUGGUUAAUCUUCUAGCUAAAAAAAAGCUUCCACCAAUAAGAGAUGAGCUAGACCUGGAAUAAAUUUAACUCAACUGAGCUAAUAUUUUAAAAUAACAAUAAUGUAAAAAUAAAAUAUCAAACUGUACAUAAAAUUAAAUCAUUCAAACCA